GCGCAAACGAACCUCUCGACGCCGCGCUCCGCGGCUGCCGGCUGGGGCCGGGCGAGGGAGGGGGUAGCCCGAACAGCCCGACUCUGCAGUUGUCUCCCGAGCGCGGGCUGCGCCGCCCGAGCCGCUAGGCUGGGGAAGCACUAGCCGUUCGCUCACGGGCCGGCUCCUCCAGGCGCUCGCAGGCAUGCAGCCCGGGAGCAGGCGGCGCGCCGCAGGCCGCUGCUGAGCCGGCCCGGGCGGCGGGGACCAUCGCCUGCCGAACCCCUCCCACCUUGCCCCGGGGCCGACGAGCGGCGUCCCGGCACCCACUCUUCGCCCGCAGCCCCGCCAGCGCCACCCCCCGCGGGCUGCAGGGGCUCAUGCAGCCGCCAAGGGAGAGGCUAGUGGUAACAGGCCGAGCUGGAUGGAUGGGUAUGGGGAGAGGGGCAGGACCUUCAGCCCUGGGAUUCUGGCCGACCUUCGCCUUCCUUCUCUGCAGCUUCCCCACAGCCACCUCCUCGUGCAAGAUCCUCAAGUGCAACUCUGAGUUCUGGAGCGCCACGGCGGGCAGCCACGCGCCGGCCCCAGACGACGCCCCCGAGUUCUGCGCGGCGCUGCGCACCUACGCCCUGUGCACGCGGCGCACGGCCCGCACCUGCCGGGGCGACCUGGCCUACCACUCUGCCGUCCAUGGCAUCGAGGACCUCAUGAGCCAGCACAACUGCUCCAAGGAUGGCCCCACGUCGCAGCCGCACCUGCGCACGCUGCCGCCGCCGCCGGGAGACAGCCAGGAGCGCUCGGACAGCCCCGAGAUCUGCCACUACGAGAAGAGCUUCCACAAUCGCGCGGCCGCCCCCAACUACACGCACUGCGGCCUCUUCGGGGACCCGCACCUCCGGACUUUCACAGACCGUUUCCAGACCUGCAAGGUGCAGGGCGCCUGGCCGCUCAUCGACAAUAAUUACCUAAACGUGCAGGUCACCAACACACCGGUGCUGCCCGGCUCAGCCGCCACCGCCACCAGCAAGCGCUGCACAGGCCCAGAAGUAAUAUAUGCAGCGAGUGUGCCUGUGUCUGUGGUUCUCAGGAGGACGCUCACCAUCAUCUUCAAGAACUUCCAGGAGUGCGUGGACCAGAAGGUGUACCAGGCCGAGAUGGACGAGCUCCCUGCCGCCUUCGCCGACGGCUCCAAGAACGGCGGCGACAAGCACGGGGCCAACAGCCUGAAGAUCACCGAGAAGGUGUCGGGCCAGCACGUGGAGAUCCAGGCCAAGUACAUCGGCACCACCAUCGUGGUCCGCCAGGUGGGUGGCUACCUGACUUUCGCGGUCCGCAUGCCCGAGGAGGUGGUCAACGCCGUGGAAGACCGGGACAGCCAGGGCCUCUACCUCUGCCUGAGGGGCUGCCCCCUCAACCAGCAGAUCGACUUCCAGGCCUUCCGAGCCGGCGCCGAGGGCCCCGGCGCCCGCAGGCUACCAGCCGCCAGCCCCGCCCCCUCAGCCCCCGACACCUUCCCGUACGAGACGGCCGUGGCCAAGUGCAAGGAGAAGCUGCCCGUGGAGGACCUCUACUACCAGGCCUGCGUCUUCGACCUGCUCACCACAGGAGACGUGAACUUCACGCUGGCCGCCUACUACGCCCUGGAGGACGUCAAGAUGCUCCACUCCAACAAGGACAAGCUGCACCUGUACGAGAGGACUCGGGAGCCGCCGGGCCGGGCGGCUGCCUCAGGGCUGCCCCCGGCCCCCUGGCCCCUCCUCGGCAGCCUUCUACUCCUGUCCCUGUUCCCUGUGCUCCUGGAGGCCGCCUAGGACCGAGAGCGAGGCGUCCCCGAACUGGUCGGCGGCUGCACGAGGGCCGGUGGCCUCCCGGUGGCCCCGUGGUCCCUGCAGGGGUCAGGAGCCCCGGCGGCCGCGUACCUCCGAGCUGCCUUGGGCUGCCUGCUGGCAAGGGCUGGGGGCGUGGGACGUCCCCUCCCCUCCCCCGGGGCCCGGGACAAGGUUGUGGUGACUGGUGCUGUGACGUUUGUGACAUAGAGCUGUGCAGAGGGAGAGCUGCUCCUCUCCGCCCGCCCCGCCGUGUGAAUGUGCAAAUCAGAGCCCCUCAGGCCUAAGCCCUCACCCCAACAGAGACACUGGGCGUGGGCAGAGUCGACCUGCCCUCACCCCUGCAAUGCACUGAAACAGGCCCGGCUGACUGCUGCACGCGCAUCCCGGGCCACCUGCGCCCGCCCCACGCACACACACUCAUACACACUCGCACACACAAAGCCGGGGGGCCCGAGGCAGCCUCGAGGCUGGACCCCUGGGCAGGGCAUCCUUUCCUCUUGGGCUUUAGGACACCCCCGGGGUGCUGCUUGGCAUCUUUAGAAAACUAAUGUAACCCUUUGGCCAAAAAGUUGUGCCCUCCUGGUGCCUUCCCGCCUGUGGCCUCCCUGCGAGCCAAGGAGAGACCACCGUGUGCACCCUGGCUGGGCACGGGUUCAGGUCCCAGUUACCAGGCCCCGCAGGUGGGGGACGACACAUGUCCUUGGCACGUGCUCUGGGCAAUGCCUGCUCUGGCUCCUUCCCCCACUGCCCGUCCUCCUGUCCCCCGGUCCCCACUGUUCUUUGGAAGUCGAGUCUUUGUUUCUAAAUGUCUAAACAGAGAACUACCCCCUUGAUUUCUGUUCCUUCCUCCCCAGCAGGUGGCAAGAGGCGGUGAGCAGGGGAGCUGAGGCCGCAGAGUGUGGGCUGGAGACUCAGUGGACGGGGCCAGCUGGCCUGCCCUGAUCCUCUGCUUUCUCCUCACCUGCCCCCCCAGAGCCCUGCUCCCUGCCCUGUCCACCCAGGUCUGCAUUCUGGGGAAAGGAGCAGGGCCUGGCAGGUGUCUCAGCCCUUAGCAUCCCUGGCAGGAUCUCCUCCUUCUAGGCCUUUCUCUUAAGCCCCGUGGCCACACAGCCAGGAGACUUUCCCACCUCAUGUCAGCCAAGCUGCCCAUCCGAGGAGCCCCGAACCAGUCCCACCUCUGCUGCUGUUUCAGAGAACCCCGGGCACCAGCACCGAGCUGGGCUCCACUCCUAAAGGUGCGGCCGUGCCCCAGAGGGCGAUCCUCCCAGAAGCCCCGCAGGCCCCACUGUCCCCGCCCGCCCACCACAUCCCCGACUGCCCCUCUGCUGUUGCCCAGGGACCUCUCAUACACUGGCCCGGGAGGCUGCGGACUGGUCCCUGCCUCCCCCUCCAAGAGGUUCCCUCUCUCUGCCAAGCUGUGGGCUAGGCGGGCAGGUGGGUGGGAGGCGCAGCCCCGGCCCCUCCCUGCUGGUUUUUAGAUGGUCCCUAUGUUGGAAGUAAAAAGUGAAGCACUUUAUUUUGGUUGUGUUUGAUCACGUUCUGCUUGGAAGUGGGGGCCCCUCACUGUGUCCCGUGUCUGCGACCUGUGUGGGGUGUCACCGCGUGUACAUACUGUAAAUUAUUUAUUAAUGGCUAAAUGCAAGUAAAGUUUGGGAUUUUUGUUUUGUUUUGUUAACUUUC